GUAAGCCCGAGUGUAGCUCGGGGUUACCGCUUUUGGUACUGAAACUACCCCGAGGUACACUCGGGAAUACCUUUCAGUACCACCGCGAUCCCUCGAUCACUUACCUUGUCCUGCGCUCCCGCGAUGUCCCUCCUGCAGUGUCCCCGGCAAUGUAAUCCGGCGGAUGCCGGCAUCUGUCAUCUGGGUUCCGUCCCCUGCGAGCGUCGGGACGUACGGGGGACGGAACGGCGGGAAAUUUGAAAAUGACAAAAAGUGACAU